UGUCAUUGUUAAGAUGUUAUAAGGCCUGUUGGAAAAGAAAACACGUAUUUGAUGAAAACAGAUUUUAACCCGACGAUUUCUCCGUUUCCAAUAUUUAUUUGUUGGCUAGAGUAGUGGUUUAUUGGGAUUUGAGUGCAUCAAAUUGUACAGAAUGUUGCCUUGAGGUUAUCAGAAAAAGAUGGCGACCGGACCAAUUAUCAAAAAAUGCUAAAACAAUACAAAACAUAUUUUUUUCGUGCGCCAUGGAGAAUAUGAAACGAUGAGCUCCGGGCGUCAGGACGCACAGGUGGAAGCCAGCACGCUCUGUGUGUGGCUGUUGAGCCCGUGUGUUGUGAUUGUUAAAGCUAAACGGAUUGUAAAUUACAUUAAAUUAUUAGAUUUUUGUCGUAAGGAACUGAGUGACCGGUGUCUUAAGCCUGAGCUGUUGGGUUUGAUCAUCUCACAGCUUGUUCCUCACAUUCUUUCCCCCGCAAUGCGCAGAGGUUUCCAUCCGUCUGAUUUUCAUUGCGCCUGAACUACAGUAAAUAGGGUAAACAUGGUCCGAGAGCAAAAGUGAAGGUACCAUAAGGUUCGUUCUUCAUUAUCGUUCCAUCUUCUUCCGGAUGCCUUACUCUAUCACAGUUGGCGUGGACAACAUCCCUGAGCACCCUGCCGUCGGCGUCUUCCCAGAGUUCAUCGGGCCUUUCGACAGUGAUGAGGAAGAUGUCCCGAACCACUUCUCCUCCGAUGAGGACGGGGUAGAUGAGGCUGAGGUAGGUAUUGUGGAUAUUUUGGGUGAGGAUCAGCUACCGGAGUCUGACGAGGCCGAUCAUGAAGACUCGGAUGAUAAAGACCUAGAUUAUGAAGACUCAGAUGAUGAAGACUCAGAUGAUGAAGACUCCGAUGAUGAGGACGACUUUGAUGAUGAAGAAUUCGAUGAUGAAGACUUCGAUGAUGAAGACUUUGAUGAUGAAGACUCCGAAGAUGGAGACUUUGGCGAUGAAGACUCAGAGGAAGACUGGGACUCGGGCAGCAGUGAAGAUUCUGGUUAUGAGUCCAUGUAUGACGAUGAAGAGGAGGCUUCUGCUGGCAGUGAUGAAGAUGAUGGCCAGCUGCUCCGCCAAGGAUUUCUUCAGCCGGGAUGGAGAGAACAGUAUCCUCCUGAUGCUGCUUCUCGUCUUCAUGUUCCUCUGAACAUUUCUUCAUCUCCAGAAGUUACAUCCCCAGUUUUCCCACGGUGGGAAGAGCCUGCUUCCUCAACCUCGGGACUUGGAAUAGAAGCAGCAGUGAAAGUGACGAGGACCGGGGAAGUGCGAAGAGGCAGCAGUGGAACAGUGACGAGCACUACGAGGACGCAGCUCCCUCAACUUCCGGCCUCGGAUCCUCCACGUACAGGAGCACUUAAGAGAGCUGCAGGGAGUCCGCUCCAACUUCUGACCAUGCAUCCACUGCAUUCUGGAGAUUAUGGGUGGCUCGUUUUGAGCAUGAUGACAGCGACCCAUAUGAGGCCUGUUUGCUGCAGGACUGGAAAAACAAAUCCUUAAAUGAGCAGCUUUCUUUUAGUGCUUUGGGGGCGACUGUGGUUUAGGUGCUAGAACAGGUCCUCCACCAACUGGAGGGUCGGUGGUCUGAUCCUCUGCUCCAGCUGCUUGUCCGAGUGUCCUUGGGCAAGAUAUUGCACUCAAAUUUCUCAAAUUUCACCAUGCUGUUCUCUAGAAGGUUUAGAUGAUUGAGCUUUAAGGCCAUGCAUCAACUUGAGAAACCCCGUGAGAAGUGAACACGCGGAGGACCGAGGCCUCUACAUCGCUGAUUUCCAUGACGACAGAGAAGAUCCAGACCAGAUGAGAAGGAUGGAUGACCACAGGACCAGCUGGUGGUAUCAGCUUUAUUCAGUGGGCUGAGACACCCUAAGACUGUCUGAAGACCCCCUGGGUACAUUGCACCCCUCCGGCCCUCCGCCCUAACUGCCGACACCACCUCCUUGACCCACAAGCCGAGAAGACGAGUAGCACUCCAGCCCCGGCACAGAGGAUGCUGUUGUUACUUCUUUGCUGCUGUGACAUGCAGCUGAGAGGAGCCGGGAUUUGAACCCUCCAAAUACCAUAUGACCUGUUCUGCCUCCUUAGCUACAGCCGCCCCAACUGUCACAAUAAAUAGAAUUCAAACUGUGAAAAAUG